CAAGUUUUUUUCUCAUCACACAAGAGGGUAUUUCAAGAAACACCAUUGGUGAAACUCCGUUGAAAUCUCCGCUCCUUUUAUCUACUUUUUUUUCUUACUUUACUCUCUUCAAUUUGCAGAAAAUUCUCUCUUCAUCGCAUUAUCAAUCUUCACUCUGGCAGUCUCCACUAAAUUUAACUCGAUAACAUUGCACAAAGGAGUAUGUCGUAUAGUAAUCAAAUAACUGAUUCAGAAGCGGAACAAAGAAGCCAAGAUGUUCAACCGGAGCCUUAUGCUUUCUACAGGAGCUUAGCAACCUUUCAGCAGCCUAAUGUCCAUGCAAUAUUACCAGCUCCUGGAAAUGCUGGUAAUUUCUAUUUGCACCAUCCACAGUACCAUCAAGAAGGUGCAUUAGUUUAUGGAAAGUUGCAGUAUGAUGGGGUUCAAUAUCAGCAUCCUGCCACCAAUCUUGACCCAGCCAUUGCUUCAUCGUCAAAUCACUAUAACCAUUACAUGGCUGCUCCAUCCGCUCCUAGAGAUUUCCCCAUUCCAGUAAACCACGGGCAACAUGAGCAGCUUCCAUUUGCAAGCACUCAAGGCAACCUUGGAGUUAAUGAAGGCAGUUAUGGAAGGAACAAUCCUUAUGUAGAUGGUGUUGGAGGCUCGUUUAAGAGAAAGAAUGCUGAAGGGAUCCCUGUGAACUUUCAGUAUCAACAUGCUUUGGCAGGCUCCAGCUUUCCUCUUGCCUCAAUGAGUGCUGCGUCUUUUGUACCACCUGAAUACAGAGGGAAUGGCUCAUUAUCAUUCACCGAGGAUGGAGCACCGAGAGGUAUGAACAAUCAUCAGCCUCAAGGGAACUAUGUCGGCCAAACCUGUGAAUUUCCUGGCAAUUUUUGGUCAGGCUUGCAGUUCAACAGCAGUGCUAGGGAGAGUGAAACAUGGGCCUGGAAUCAUAGUUCUCGUCUACCUUAUCUACCUGGUGAUACUCAAGGCUGUGAAGAUGGUGGAAACAUCAGUGUGCGAGGUUAUCAAGUAACAAACGGGAAUGGAGGUUUGACUAGUUUUGUAUAUCCAUCCAUUCCUCAAGGGCACCCAAACAUUCGUCAUCUACCACCACAUAUUCAAGGAGUGAGACCCCAAUUUAUCACUCUCCCUCCACAAAUGACUGCUUCUUCACACAGACACCUACCAAGUAGCUCGUUUGACAGCACUAUCAAUCCAUUUGCCCUUGUAGAGGCAGGGUCUAGAUAUAUUAGACCAUUCCCACCGACUGCCUUUAGAUUGUACAGACCUCAGCGAGGGGAAUUCAUGCUUGGAACAAAUACUAGACUUCACAACCUACCUAACAUGAGAGUUCUUCCGGAGGAUGGUGUGGCAAUGCUGGAUAUUCCUGGCUAUCAUGAAGUGCGUGAUUCUGUUGAUCAGCACAGGGAGAUGCGAAUGGACGUAGAUCACAUGUCUUAUGAGGAGCUUCUUGCAUUGGGAGAGCAGAUUGGCACUGCAAAAACUGGGUUAUCGGAGGAGGUUAUUGUUGGCCAUUUGAAAACAAGAUCAUUUUCCUCUGUAGAAAUUCCUUGCAAUUUUGGAAGUGCUGCAUGUUUAGAUCACAAGACUGAUUUUUGUGUCAUAUGCCAGUCUGAUUACAAGGACCAAGAGAAUGUGGGGACUCUCGAUUGUGGGCAUGAAUAUCAUGCAGAGUGCGUAACAAAUUGGUUGAUUCUGAAGAACAAUUGUCCCAUAUGCAAGUCCACAGCAUUGUGCGCAGAGGGAAAGGAUUCCUGAAAACAGGCGAUACAUGAUCUCGCCUGAAUGAAUUAAAGAGCAAACAUUCUGGAUCUGUUGCUAAAUAUUUAUGCUCCGAUGAGUAGGAAACGUUACUGAAACUGUACAAAUGUACUGUAUUUUUGUAUAUAUAUUCGGCAUGUUAUGACUGACUGUCAACAUGUCCAAAAACAACUUGUUGGCCUUAUCUAUGCCAUGUGAAGUUGUACAGAAACUUGUAGUUUUUUUUGGUCUGUCUCCUGUAGUUGUACUUACUACAGACCUCUUAAUGGGCAUUUUAUCCCCUUUCAGACAAUUACUCUCUGGUUAUUUUGUUGAUGUGUUCUUGUGUAAUGGUUUUUCUUGUUA